AUGAAAGCUAAAUCAUUUUUGAGAAGAAACAUUCUCUGGAUAGCCGGGAUAUCGUUUCUAGGCUUUCACUUUGGGACGUAUGUUCUUCAGAAGGUAGCAAAAAGUUCUGCUAGAGAAACUGUGGCCGUUAAAGACUCUAAGGACAGCAGCUGAAUGCACCGGAUGUCCUACUUCCCUCACCUCAUCUAAAUGUCCAUCCAUCGACACCAUUGUAAAUGUUUACCCAAAGCUGUAAUCUUUCCCUAUUGAUAUGUAAUAAAUAAAUUCUAUUAAGUUUUGAGCCCUAAAA